AUGGAGGAAUCCGGUAAUAGUCAUAAAGAAGGUUGGUUGUAUAAGCGGCAUAGUAAUUUUGUUGCUCAUAAAUGGAAAAAGUUAUGGUUUCGAUUGAAAGAUACUAAACUAUACUAUGGAGAGAGUGAACAGGAUUUAAUAAAGAGUUUAGAGCUAGAAGGCUGUGAAUUAGCUGAAAGUAGCAUCGAUAAGAAGGAAUUUUGUUUUUGUAUUAAACCACAUAAAAGUAAACGGAUAUACUAUAUCCAUGCUUGUAAUCGAGACGAUCAAAAUGAAUGGAUGCAAGCAAUUUGCUUUGCUAAAGCUACUGGUAAUACCACUGAUCAAUCUCAAGCUUGUAUUAUACAAUGA